AUGGCUUUAUCCGACUCCCAAAAUUCAACUCGCUCUACCCCCAACAUCCCAACCACAAAGGCAACCCUCCACAUCGGCAGCUCAACAUUCAUCGCAGCCCCAUCCCACCGCGUCUGGGCCACAUUAACAGAUACAUCAACCUGGCCAAACUGGAACUCAUUUGUCCCGCGCGUGACAAUCCGCUCCCAGCCCAAAACCAGCACCGAGGAAACAGAAGGCAACUCGCUCUCACCCAUCCUCCAACCAGGAACAAAAGUGACUUUCCACGUCCGCAUGGAUCCAACAUCUACAAAAGCCCAAGCCGCACGGGACGUCCACCUCGUCGUGACAGAAUGUGUCAAGCCAUCCGUCGUGAACAACACAGUCGGAACGAUCGUGUGGAUAUCUGAUUUCGAGGUUCCCGGCGCCAUGGGCCCGUCACUGCUUACAGCUGAACGGGUCCAUGAACUUACCGAUGCGAUUAGUGAGGGUGUUAGUGGGACUGAGGUGAGGAAUUGGGAGGCACAGGUCGGGUGGUUGGUUUAUAUUGUUAAGGCGCUUUUUGGGACGAAGCUGCAGGUGAACUUUGAGCAUUGGGUCAAUGAUUUGAAGGGGUUUGUUGAGGCUGGGAAUUAA